UAAGAUGUUAUUUGUUCCCAGGUAGCUAUCAACAAAUCCGAAGCAGGUAUGGAGCGGCUUGUAUGGUCCAUUCAUAACCCCUGGAUUCCGAGGCCACUUCUAAGCAUGCAUGUCAGGAUGGGAGACAAAGCUUGUGAGAUGAAGGUUGUCGGAUUUGAACACUACAUGCAGCUAGCUGACCGCAUCCGUAAGCAUUUUCCGGACCUGAACAGCAUAUGGCUCUCCACAGAAAUGCAGGAAGUCAUAGACAAAACGAGGCGAUAUCCUAGUUGGACCUUCUACUAUACGAAUGUUACGCGCCAGGAGGGGAGCAUGACGAUGGCCACAUACGAGGCAAGUCUUGGGAGAGAGACCAGUACAAACUAUCCCCUUGUGAACUUUGUAAUGGCGACCGAAGCAGAUUUCUUUGUCGGAGCUUUGGGCUCAACAUGGUGCUAUCUCAUCGAUGGCAUGAGGAAUACUGGGGGAAAAGUGAUGGCUGGGUAUCUCAGUGUCAAUAGAGAUCGGUUUUGGUAGCUGAUUCAAGAUCACAGAACUGAGUAUAUAUAUGCUGUACAUGAACGUCUCCCAAUGUGGGUAUUUGUACAUAUAAAAAAGAAUUAUAUAGAGUAUAUAUAGUUUGAAUAAGAACUUCGAGUCUUUUCAAUAUUUCUGUCGA